CAUCACCAUCUUCAAGAAAAGAACAUCCUCUACCGAACGGUUGGACUGGAUCAGAAGCAUCAUUAUUCAGGGUACUCCGAACAAUAUUUGCCAAUAACUACUGUUCUAUGUCAGAACUUAUUCAGACUAAAACGUGUAAAGAGAUUUAUCAGUUUGCAGCCAAAGAAAACUGUGACCUGCCAGAUUUCCUUGAAGAGCUUAAUAACACUCCGCCAAGGAAAAAGAAAAGAAAACAAAGGUUAUGGUCAAUGCACUGUAGAAAAAUUCAACUUAAAAAAGAUAAUUCAUCCAAUCACGUAUACAAUUAUCAGCCAUGUGACCACCCUGGUAGACCGUGUGAUUCUGAAUGUCCAUGUAUUAUGUGUCAAAACUUUUGUGAAAAAUUCUGUCAGUGCAGCCCGGAAUGUAAGUAUAUAUCUGAUGUUUGA